AUGGUGGGGGCUUUGGCAGCCGCCCGUCGCGAAGCUCCCCUUCCCUUGACGAAACCGCAGGAGUCGUUGGUCGUUCUCCUUGAUCGUGUCCGCGACGUCGAGUGGGUCUCCCAUAAUGAUGUCGAUAUGACAAAGGAAGUGAAGCACGAGUCCCACCAAAACGCAGUCCUUCUCUAUACUCGUGGUAUUGAGACGGAGGAGAAGUGCGGUCAUUGUGCGAAGGGAGCGGGUGGAUGA